GGACGCGACGCGAGCCGCUGUGUGCCAUUCCUGCUCGAAGCACCCAGACUGAUCCAAUGUAUUAUUUACGGGCCAAAGUUCAGCUAUUCAUCCGCUGGAGAUGGCUCCCGGUGUGAGGGCUGCUGUGCGGGCCGGUGUGAGGGCUGCUGAGGGGGCUGCUGUGCGGACAGGUCAGCCCGGUGGCCGUGCAGGACGUGGCGGUGGAUGCUCUCUGGACAGAUCGGAUGCUGGAGCGGAGAGGAGAUGUGUGAGGAGCAGGCGGCGGGUCAGAGCAGUGGGGAAGCCCGUGAGCUGGCUGCUGUCUGCGGGAAUGCUUUCAUUUAUUGUCCAGUGUGCUGUGGCUGCAGAGGGUGGAUCUACCUAUGAUGCCUCCGGUUCUUCUUCUUUUGUGGGGGACCCUGUCACAGCUGCUCCUCACCCACUGGCCGGUCUGUCUGCAGUGGGGGCAGUGCCUUUCUCCGCCCUGAUUUUGGAUGGUGCUUCUGAAUCCAAAGGGGAAAGUUUCUCUGGACAGCCCGCCUUUUCGUCUGUCUUCACUGUCAUGGCGGGAACCGUGAGACGUCCAAUCGCACAAAGUCGAACCUCCCCCACCAUCACCAGAGACGAGGACCCUACCAUUCAAAUGCCUUCAUCCACUGUCUCUUCUCCAUCUAAUAGUUCAGCAUCCAGAGUUGAUGGGUUGACAUCUGCAGCAACAAGUACAAUUUCUUUGCCAAAUGAGAAGGAAAUUGAUCCAGCAACCUCUCCAACAGUAAUCUUGGCUGGCGACACUCAACACACAUCUCAGGUAUCAUUUCUGAACCCUCCGCUGGACACCACAACAGCCUCCGUCCAGUUUACUACCACAAGAAGUAGCCCGACUACUUCUACUACUACUAUCCCACCUAUAAAAACCACAAUGCAUUUCGCUGCAACUACAACUCUGCAGCUCACUACUACAACAAGAAGAUCCAUUACAACUCCAGCCAUCAGAAGUCCAAUAAACCGGAGGACAUUUACUCCACCUGUCCCAAGAACUCCUCCCAAGUUGGCUACCACAGUUUUUGUCUCGCCGUUUACCACCACCACUGAAUCCCCCCCUCAACAGUGCAACGUGACGGAGAGAAUGUGGGUGAAGACAGUGGUCUCCAUCUAUGUGCGGAGGAACAGAUUGGACAGCAUACAGAGACAGAACCUGCGUAGAGGAUUGAGUCAAGGCCUUAGAAAAGCUCUCAAUGACAGCUCGGCUCAGGCCCAGGUAGAAACAGUGUUUGGUUCACCCAACAUGACAGUGGCAUAUCAUGUGACUGGCACAGACAUGGUUUACUCUCCCUCCAUGGUGCUUGAUGGACUGAGUGCAUACGGUCGUGAUAAGCUGAUUGCAGACCUGCGGCAGUACCUCCCCAUGGUAACUGCCCUGCCUCUGCCAGUAGCGUUAUGGAGGAGCAGCCCAGCUCCCAGUUUACAGCUCAAAACAGUACUGCAGUUUGUGGGAGUAGCUGAUGAUCCACGCUCCUGUCGCUUCUCUCAGACAAUGGAGCAGCGCCUAGAGAAAGUGUUCUUUGAAGCUCAGGCCAAAGUGUUAAGCAUCCACAGCAGACUCUCUGUUCAGAUGCUGAGUGUGUCCCAGGCUCCCAGCUCCCCAGCUGUGUCACUGGUCUACACUGUGAGGAAUGGCACUGUCUUCCUUAAUGGCACCACUGCCUCAAACCUCCUCGGUCAGCUGUCAGCUGAGCUAGUCGGCUACUUCCUCUUCUAUCCGCCACUUAUCAUUGCUGAGCCACUGGAGUAUCACAAUCUGAACACCUCUACUGCCACCAGAGACUACUGGGUUAUCACAGUGAUCCAGGAUGUUGAUAACAGCAGCCUGGAGGGACAGUACCAGAGCUUUGCCAGUCUGAUGGAGCAGCGGUUGGCAGAGCUGUUUGUUUUGGCAGGGCAACAGGGCACACGCUUCAGGAGAGCUACUACAGUGGGCAGCUUCACUGUUCAGAUGGUGAGCAUCCGUAGAAUCUCAGGACAGAAAAAUCCAGCAGAACUGACAUAUUACGUUCAACACAGCGGCACUCCCCUGGCGGGUACAUCUGCCGCCAAGGUCCUGAACACAGUGGACUCCCAGACUAUGGCUCUCAGGCUGGGCUACUUUGUUCAGCUGCAAGCAGAAGCUGUGGUCAAGAAUCCUUCUAGUAAUCUUUGGAUAAUCGCUGCAGUGUUGGCCCCGAUUGCUGUCGUCACAAUAAUAAUCAUCAUCAUCACUGCAGUGCUGUGCAGGAAGAACAAGAACGACUUUAAAACUGACGCUAUUGGAAACCUAAACCCACGAGCAAAGAUGUCUUAUCGGAGAGAUGUGGGCUUCUACCAUCAGCCGGUCCAGGGUUUUGACUAUGCCAAGCAGCACCUCGGCCAGCUGGGAGGUGAUGAGGAGGCCCUGCCUGUCAGUCAGGAUACCUUAGUCAUGUCACUACAAAUUAAGGACACAGCACUGUCGCUGGAGAAGUCUCUGCAGCAGGACGGCACUGUGAGCAAGAAGAGCCUCACCACAGACACACACAAGAGCCAGUUGCCGAGUGAGGAUGGUUCCGUCAUCAGCAACGAAUCAGAGAAGCUGAAAUCCGGCAGGGGCCUGAAAGUCACAGCGCAGCAGAAACUGACAAAAGAGCAGUCCCAUAACCGAGAAGAUCCAUACGACUCCUCCUCUGGCUCCCUGCAGCUCAUCUCCGUAAAGCCCAUGGUAACUCAGACCAACUACUCACACCCUGCACUAUGUGACCGCAGCCACGACACAGCUGCCUUCAAUGGAGAGAUCAACGUGGCUCUUAAACAAAAAUCAGAUAUCGAGCACUACAGAAACAAGAUGAGAAUCAAAGCUAAGAAGAAGGGAUAUUAUGACUUCCCCUCAAUGGAGGACAGUCUCAAUGAUGGGCCGGUGUCACACAUACAGCGGCACGGUCAGGACAGGUUAACUGCUGAUCACGGCAGACUGCAAGAGGCUGCAGAUGAGCGGGGUUCAACUUAUGUCAAGUCUAAUAAAAGGCAUUCACAGGUGGGACAGCCAGCGUAUCGCAGCAGACAGAGCCUGAGUAGCCCCAGUCCUGGUGGAACGGAGAUGGACCUUCUUGUGAUGAGAGAGAGACCAAGGAGAGGAAUUCGAAACAGUGGCUACGACACUGAGCCAGAGUUGAUCGAGGAGACCAAUGUGGACCGCCUGGUAGGCCAAAGGUCAUUCAUGUGUGGGCGAGGCGUGAAAGGCCACUCGGAGACGUCCACUCUUAGCUCACAGCCCUCCAUUGAUGAAGUGCGGCAGCAGAUGCACCUGCUGUUGGAGGAGGCAUUCACUCUGGCUUCAGGAGGGCAGUCCACGUCUGGGCGACACUCACACCCCCAGCCGCCCCCUACCAGCCUCUACAGCCCCGCCCCACCCCUCCCAUACUCCGAAGUAGUGACCAGCGCUCCAGGGACCAUGAGCUGUGGACGAGGAGGCCUGCAGUGGGUGCCCUCCUAUGGAACUGAUGUGUAUCAGUGCAGCCUGCCCAAACCAGCAUUUCGCUUUACACAGCUCCCCGAAAUGGCCUUGGGUUCUCCACCUCCGCUACCCCCUCGGACUGGACCUCCUCCUGGGAAUCCCUUAAAACGGUCCACGUCUGACUUGGGUCCUAAGACAAGGAGCUCUGAGAAAAUCCUCAAUGAUUUGAAGAGUCCUCAUGAAAACAACCCAUAUGCGAUUAGCCCUAGAGCACUCCCGCCAAUCACUGCAGAGGAGCCUGUGUCCAACUACUCAGGAAACCCUAUAACAGCGGUCUAUGCCAUCCCAGCCAGCAGGCCUGAAUACUCAGAGUACUUUGUGUCCUCACCUCCCACCUCGUACCAUAGCCCGUCCUGGAUGUCCUAUCCCCCUGAGCCUGAGGACGUGUUACCACAGUGGACAGACUCGGUGCCUCUGCCCGGGUAUGUGGAUGCCUUCCCUCGGCCCCGUUACCCCCAGCAUAGCCCCAUGAGGCUCCCGCUGCAGUACCACCAGGCCCUGGAGCCCCUGUCCUCCUCUGUCCCCAGCACAGUGUCCCAGCACAGCUUGCCCCCGCUGGUCAAGGACAUGGACGGCUUGCAUCUUAGCAGCCUCUCCACCACAGCACUUGUACGGGCCAUUCGCCAGGAGGUUGCCAAGUUGGCCAAAAAGAAUGAUUUUUUUGACUAUUGAAAAUAAACUCCAUCUUAUGAACAGAAAAAGCAUUUUACAAACAGCACACAGUGAUACUACUUCCUUUGGACUGUUUUUACGUUUUGAUUUAGGAACAUCUUACCAUAAAGUUAAAGGAACUGGUAAAUUAUCAGAUUUCUUUAAAACAAUGUAUGAUAUCUUUCUGAGGAUGUCCCAAGUAACUCUGUGCAUCUCUUCUUUGUAGAUAUUAUGUCAAUAUAUAGCUAUAAGAAGUAUGGAAUUUUUUUCAAUCUGCUUAGUCUGAAAAGAGACAAGUGAGUUCAUUGAGUGGACCAAACGCCUCCUGUGAGAUGGUCAGGAUGGUCACACAAUUUGAGCAUGUGCAGAAUAAACAUCAUAUAAGUCCUAGGCCUCAAAGAUCAGCAACCAUGAAGAAAUAAAUCAGUUCGCUUUAAUGUGCCACAGUGUGCUACACAUGAUCAAUCUCAUACAAACUCUCACUUUUUUAAACUUAAAGAAAGUACUUUUUUAAGCCCAGAUAUCAAAAUGUUUCAAUAUGUUAUCAAACAUAUUUUUCCUGAUGUAUUGUUCAGCUACCAAACAGAAUUGACUAUAUU